AUGGUUGCUAGAUCAAGUGCUGAAGCCGAUUAUCGUGCAAUGGCAUCCACAGCUAGUGAACUCAUUUGGAUCAAACAAGUUCUCAAGGAUAUAAAGAUUGAAAGCAAAGAACCUAUGAAAAUGCAUUACGAUAACCAAGCUGCCCGUCAUAUAGCACAUUUAAUUGGGGGAAUCAAGAAAUGGGCUUUUUACAGAGCUUUAAUUGCAGAAUUAAUGGCAACACUUCUCUUUCUUUAUGUACCAGUAGCUAGUGUCAUUGGCUACAAAGCUCAAACUUCUCCAUGCGAUGGUGUUGGCAUUCUUGGCAUUGCUUGGGCUUUUGGUGGCAUGAUCUUCAUUCUUGACUAUUGCACUGCUGGGAUUUCUGGAGGGCAUAUAAACCCAGCGGUGACAUUCGGGCUGUUCGUGGUGAGGAAGGUGUCACUGGAUCGUGCAGUUUCUUAAAUGAUAUCGCAGUGCCUUGGAGCUGUUUUGGUGAAGGCAUUCAUGGAGCAUGACUAUAGCACACUUGGUGGUGGCGCAAACUCUGUUGCAGCUGGUUACUUAAACGGUGCUGAGAUUGUAGGUAAGUAUAUAUAUAUAUAUAUAUAUAAGAUGAAAUAUGUUCAAAUAGAAUUUGAUGCGAGUGUGGAUGGAUAAUGGUUUCAGGUUUUGGCUCCUUUGCCUAUUGGAUUUGCUGUUUCCGUUGUGCAUUUGGCCACGAUACCUAUUACUGGUACUGGCAUCAAUCCUGCUAGCCGCUUUGGUGCUGCCAUCAUCUACAACAAUCAGAAAAUCUGGGAUCAACAUUGGAUUUUCUGGGCUGGACCAUUCAUUGGAGCACUGAGUUUAAUGAAAUGGAAUGGUGAAUUGUAG